AUGAGCGAGGACCCAGAUGCCGGUUUCGACCCAAGAGAACACCAGCAUCUGCGUUACAACCCGCUGCGAGACAGCUGGGUCCUGGUGUCGGCCCACCGCAUGAAGAGACCCUGGGCCGGUCAGGUGGAAAAACCUCCUGAGGAGCACAUACCCAGGUUUGAUCCCCUCAACCCUCUCUGUCCUGGGAACACAAGAGCAAACGGAGAGGUUAAUCCAGAUUACGACAGUACAUUUGUGUUUGAUAAUGACUUCCCUGCUCUUCAGCCGGAUGCUCCAGACCCUGGUUUGGAUCAGGAUUCAUUAUUUCAGUCUAAAGCUGCCAGGGGUGUCUGUAAAGUCAUGUGUUUCCAUCCCUGGUCUGACGUCACCCUCCCUCUAAUGAAAAGACAUGAGGUUGUCAAGGUGAUUGACAAGUGGGCGGAGCUUGUAGAUAAACUUGGCGCAACAUACCCAUGGGUUCAGAUCUUUGAGAAUAAGGGAGCAGUGAUGGGCUGUUCAAAUCCGCAUCCUCAUUGUCAGGUGUGGGCCAGCAACUUCCUGCCCAAUGAGCCAGCUUUGUCAGACCGCUGCCAAAGAGCGUACUACCAGAAACACGGAGAGCCGUUGCUGCUGCAGUAUGCUAAACGAGAAGCAGAGAAAAAGGGACACCACGACAUGCAGGAAUGGCGAGGAGUCGAACUGCGACUUUCUGUUCCCCAGUCGGCUGCCCUGCCUCUACCCCAUCUCAGGGGUAACAUAGUGAACAAUACCAAGCAAUAG